AUGGCACCAACCUUGACGGCGAGGAAGCAAGCCGUAUUUAAGUCUGUUUUCCAUGCCGAUGUAUCCCAACCGACGCCUUACUCCACCCCCUCUGUGAGGUUCGCCGAAGAGGGCCAGCCCUUUGGGGUGUUACCCACGGCCGGCGUCCCCGCCCAGCCCCGGCCGCAAGCAUCCGCCGCCGGGGAUGUGUCUAGUUACGCCGACGACCAAGUCCGAUGGGACCGCGCAUGGCACACGGUCACGUCCAAGAUUCAGCUUCCGGCCUCCGUCGCCGCCGAGGACUCGUUCGGCCCCCUGGCGCGCGAGUCCCAGGAUGACGACCAAGCCUUCUACGAGGCGCUCGGCGUCAGGCACCACUUUAUACAGCACGCCCUGCCCAUGCUUUCGGCCUGCGGCGGGAAUUCGAACCACGCCCAGGUGCUGCUGGGGAGCAUGCACACGCUCGAGGCGGCCCAUCGCCAGUACCUGUAUGGCCUGCAUCUCGUCCUUCGCGGCCUAGACGAAGAGCGCUCUGUCGCGGCCAUGCGUAGGUUCCGCCACGAUCUCCACUCCAUGAUUGGGAACUCCAUGACGCCGAGCCUGCUCGCCGCCCUCAGGGCUGUCCUACGACACCAAAUCCGCACCUCGCUCGGCGUCCCCACGAGGGGCGGGGCCAAGCUGGCGGAAUCGGACGCGUCGGCCGCGCGGUCGGAGCUUGUCGGCAUGGUCGAGUCCCUGCACAAGGUCGGGCUCGCGGGAGAGCGCUUCCAGGUGCUCUUCGCCGAGCUCAUGGACGCUGCGAUGGGGGACUUUGUCACCGCAUCGUACGCGGGCCGGUGGUCCUUUGGGAAGGCUAAAUCGUUUCGGCGGUCGAUUCACGGCGAGCCGGGCGGUGGCUCGUACUGCACGGAUCACCUGCGCGGUUGGGUGGAGAACCAGUUCUCGCGCCUCGCUGUCGAGGUGCUGGGGAGGUUGGGAGAGGGACAGGUGCCUUGGUCUGACGUGGCCAAGUGGAAGGACGUUGCCCUCGGGCGGCUGGCCACGUUGCGUACCCGGGAGCUUUACGAUAUUGUCUUGAGCUGGCCCAAUAGCAUGGACGGUUUGGAAGAUCUACGCGUCACAAUUACCACUCCGCAAAGGCGAUUGCAGCUCACCGAUACCUUUUCCGAUGCUCUCCAGCGGCGCCUUCUCCACCCGGGCUGCUCGACGCUCAAGAUAUUACAGGUCUACAUCUCAAUGAUUCGCACCUUUCACGCUCUCGACCACUCCAAAGUCCUCCUCGACAGGGUUGUCCACUCGCUACAGCUCUACCUAUGCCAGCGCACCGACGCUAUCCGCAUUGUGGUGACGGGCCUCCUCUCCGAUCCCGGCAAGGAAAGCGAGGAGCUCGCCGAGGGCAAGCUCGAGGAACUAGACUGGGACGACAUGGAGUGGCUCCCCGUCCCCGUCGACGCAGCGGUAAACUACAAACGUCCCAAGUCGGAGGACGUCGUCGGAACCCUCAUCGGCGCCCUCGGCGCGCCAGACAUCUUCAUCAAGGAGUUCCAGCGCAUCAUGGCGGAGAGCCUCCUGUCCCAAGAGCCUCCGUUUUCCCAAGAGAUCGCCGUCCUCCAUCUUCUCAAGAAGCGCUUUGGCGAGAGCGCGCUCCAAAACUGCGACGUCAUGCUGAAGGACAUUGGCGACUCAAGACGGGUUGACGCCGCCAUCGCCAAGUCUACGACGGCUGGCCCCGCCGGCCCGGGUGAGGCGCUGUACCUACCGGACUACCACGCCAAGAUCCUCUCGCGCCUGUUUUGGCCCACGCUUCCCCGAGAGCACUUUUUGGUUCCGAGACCCGUCACGGAGGCGCAAAAGCGGUACGCUGCUGAGUUUGAAGGCCUAAAGUCGUUGCGAAAGCUCACCUGGAUUGACAACAUGGGCACCGCCACGGUAGAGCUGGAGCUCCAAGAUAGACAAGUCCAAGUUGACUGCAAGACGUACCAAGCCGCAGUCAUCUACGCGUUUGGUGAUGAGGGAACCGGCGGCUCCGGCUCGAGUUCCCCUGCUCGGAAAACGGUCGAAGACCUCGAAGAGCAGCUGCAAAUGGACAGCGACCUUAUCGAGGAGUCCCUCGCUUUCUGGAUGGACAAGCGUGUGCUUCGUGUCGACGGCAGCGGCGGCUACGUGGUCCUGGAGACCCUAGAGGCGGAAGGUAGCGGGCCGGCGGAGACGACUGCGAGGGGCGACCAGCCGAAAUCACCGACCAAGCCUGGUCCAGCGACACCGGUUCGAAAGCCCGGUCCAGCGGCACCAGCUCGGAAGCCCGACCGCGCCAUCAACGCCAAGGAGAUGCAGCAGCGUCAAAUUUACUGGCAAUUUAUCAAGUCUAUGCUUACGAAUUCGGCUGCCGUGAUGCCGGCGGCGCAAAUUGCCAUGAUGCUCAAGAUGCUCAUCGCCGAUGGGUUCCCAUGGAGCAGUGAGCAGCUCGUCGAGUUUCUGGGAGACAAGGUGGAGGAAGGCGAUCUGGAGCUUGUGGGGGCAAAUACAAGUUGGUCAAGAAGUGAAGAGGCGGGCAUCGCUCUACGGGUUCGGGGCUACGGGGCUUGCAGCCACCUCGUGUGUAGGGUUAUGCUUUGGACGAAGGUGGGCUGA